AUGGGAUCAAAAAUGAAUCUCAUUGAACACUCCCACUUACCUGCCACGGAUGAAUUUUCUCUUUCUGACAAUUUAUUUGGUGUCCUAACAGAACAAGUGGCAGGUCCUCUGGGGCAGAAUCUAGAAGUGGAACCAUACUUACAAUACAACAAUGUUCAGUUUCCCCAAGUUCAACCACAGAUUUCCUCAUCAUCCUAUUAUUCCAACUUGGGCUUCUACCCCCAGCAGCCUGAAGAGUGGUACUCUCCUGGAAUAUAUGAACUCAGGCGAAUGCCAGCUGAGUCUCUCUACCAGGGAGAGACUGAGGUAGCAGAGAUUCCUGUAACAAAGAAGGCCCGGCUGGGUGCGUCAGCAGGGAGAAUAAAAGGGGAUGAGCUGUGUGUUGUUUGUGGAGACAGAGCAUCUGGAUAUCAUUAUAAUGCACUGACCUGUGAGGGGUGCAAAGGUUUCUUCAGGAGAAGCAUUACCAAAAAUGCCGUGUACAAGUGUAAAAACGGGGGCAACUGUGUGAUGGACAUGUACAUGCGAAGAAAGUGCCAAGAGUGUCGGCUAAGGAAAUGCAAAGAGAUGGGAAUGUUGGCUGAAUGUAUGUAUACAGGUUUGUUAACCGAAAUUCAGUGUAAAUCUAAACGACUGAGAAAAAACGUGAAGCAGCAUGCAGAUCAAGCCAUUAAUGAAGACAGUGAAGGACGGGACUUGCGACAAGUGACCUCGACAACUAAGUCAUGCAGGGAGAAAACUGAACUCACCCCAGAUCAGCAGAACCUUCUAAAUUAUAUCAUGGACUCAUAUAGCAAACAGAGAAUGCCUCAGGAAAUCACAAAUAAAAUUUUAAAGGAAGAAUUCAAUGCAGAAGAAAAUUUUCUCAUUUUAACUGAAAUGGCUACCAGUCACGUACAGAUUCUCGUAGAAUUCACAAAAAAACUGCCAGGAUUUCAGACAUUGGACCAUGAAGAUCAGAUUGCUUUGCUGAAAGGGUCUGCAGUUGAAGCUAUGUUCCUCCGUUCAGCUGAGAUUUUCAAUAAGAAACUUCCAGUGGGACACGCUGAUGUAUUGGAAGAAAGAAUUCGAAAGAGUGGUAUCUCUGAUGAAUAUAUAACACCUAUGUUUAGUUUUUAUAAAAGUGUUGCAGAACUGAAAAUGACUCAAGAAGAGUAUGCUCUGCUUACAGCAAUUGUCAUCCUCUCUCCAGACAGACAAUAUAUAAAGGAUAGAGAAGCAGUAGAGAAGCUUCAGGAACCGCUGCUUGAUGUGCUACAAAAGUUGUGCAAGAUCCAUCAGCCUGAAAAUCCUCAACAUUUUGCAUGUCUCCUGGGUCGCCUGACUGAGUUGCGGACGUUCAACCAUCACCAUGCAGAGAUGCUGAUGUCAUGGAGAGUCAAUGACCACAAGUUUACCCCGCUUCUCUGUGAAAUCUGGGAUGUGCAGUGA